AUGACGAUUUCUUCUCAAGCAAAGCAAAAAAGUAACUUCAACUCGUCUGCUUUGUGCAUUUGUGAACACGAAGGAACUAAAAAACAUCGCAAUCAGAGCCCUGCAUUUAAAAUAGGAAGAAACCAUAGAACUUCCACUAAGGUUGAAAGAAUAAAUUCUCGGUUGAAUGAAGAGUUCUCUAGAGAUAUUCGAAAUGACAUCGUAGUUCAUUACUGUGGGUCGAUGAUGCAAUUUGAAGAAUCAUUUUCUAAGAAAACUUUCUGA